UUGUUAAUGACGUCACUCUGCCAUAUAGGGCUAAAUGAGAGAUGACGAUGACGUUUAUAUGAAAUAUAAAUUAUAAAUAAUAAAUUUAAAUUAGUUUUUGACACAUUUCUUGUUUUGGGGGGAAAAGUGGAAGUCAACUAGAUUUUGAUUUGAUCUAUGACAUUAAAAGCAAAGAAAUUAGACUUAACAUUAAAAACCGACGAAAGCUUUCUUCCUUUCAUUUUUGCGCAUUUUCAGAUUUUCUAAGUUCUAAGAUUUUUCGAAAGGUCUAAGAAUCGCAGAUAAGGCCAUCCAGCGGGCGGGUUCCCGCAUCUAAUUAACCAAAUAAACACAAUGCAUAUGUUUGCACUUUUCUUUUCCCAACGCGCCUGUCUGACGCGUGACGUCACCGGAGCUGCCGCGAGCCGGGGUGGACGCGCUAGGAUCUCGAGCGCCGCGUCGAAGCGCAGCGACAUUUUCAUCUCGUUUCAUUUCCUCUUCAUCCGCAGGCCCGAACGGGGCCGUCUGAUCCCGAAAACCCCGCACCAGCCGCAUGCUCGGAACGAACCGGAGCCCGAGUCCCCAGAAGAGAAGCGGACGCUCAUGCGCGAUAUUCGCCGGCUCUGAUGGUUCUCGUGAGCCUGUGACAGUCAGAGACUCCAGCAUCAGUCUUCAUCAUGUCUGCUCUACAGGGAUCCUGGCCGUCGGGCACCGAGUGUGUGGCCAAGUAUAACUUCCAGGGCAGCACAGAGCAGGACCUGACCUUCACCAAAGGAGACCUGCUGACCAUCAUCGGCGUAACCAAGGACCCAAACUGGUACAAGGCCAAGAGCUCCGUCGGUCAGGAGGGAAUGAUUCCAGCAAACUACGUCCAGAAGAGAGAAGGAGUUAAAUCUGGAGGAAAGCUCAGCCUGAUGCCAUGGUUUCACGGUAAGAUCACUCGUGAGCAGGCGGAGCGGCUCCUCUAUCCUCCGGAGACGGGGCUGUUCCUGGUGAGAGAGAGCACCAACUACCCCGGAGACUACACGCUGUGUGUGAGCUGUGACGGGAAAGUGGAGCACUACCGUAUCAUCUACCACAGCGGAAAACUGUCCAUCGACGAGGAGGAGUACUUCGACAACCUCAUGCAGCUGGUCGAGCAUUACACCAAAGAUGCUGACGGUCUUUGCACACGGCUCAUUAAACCCAAGCUGAUGGAGGGGACGGUGGCGGCGCAGGACGCGUUCUCCAGGAGUGGAUGGGCUCUGAACAGGAAAGAUCUCAAACUCAUUCAGGCCAUCGGCAAAGGAGAGUUCGGAGACGUGAUGGCGGGAGAUUACCGAGGGACGAAGGUGGCGGUGAAGUGCAUCAAACACGACGCCACGGCUCAGGCCUUCCUCGCCGAAGCUUCGGUCAUGACUCAGCUGAGACACACUAACCUGGUGCAGUUAUUAGGGGUGAUUGUGGAGGAACAAGGCAGUUUGUUCAUCGUGACUGAAUACAUGGCGAAGGGCAGUCUGGUGGAUUACCUGCGCUCUCGGGGCCGGACCGUGUUGGGUGGCGAGUGUCUGCUUAAGUUCUCUCUCGACGUCUGCGAGGCCAUGGAGUAUCUGGAGGCUAAUAACUCCGUCCACAGAGAUCUGGCGGCGCGCAACGUGCUCGUAUCCGACGACAACAUCGCCAAGGUCAGCGACUUCGGUCUGACCAAGGAGGCGUCGUCCACUCAGGACACGGCCAAGCUGCCCGUCAAGUGGACUUCGCCCGAGGCGCUGCGGGAGAAGAGGUUCUCCACUAAAUCUGACGUGUGGAGCUACGGCGUUCUCCUGUGGGAGAUCUACUCUUUCGGCCGAGUGCCGUACCCCAGAAUCCCGCUGAAGGAGGUGGUUCCUCGGGUGGAGAAGGGCUAUAAGAUGGACGCUCCCGACGGAUGUCCGGCUGCGGUCUAUGACCUGAUGAAGCAGUGCUGGACGCUGGACCCGGCCGGACGGCCCUCGUUCCGUCUGCUGCGAGAGAAGCUGCAGCACAUCAGAGCCAAGGAGCUUUAUCUGUGAGGAACAUCUCCAACAAACCUCACCGUGCUCCGGACUGGACCUUGAUCUGGACGCUCUCUCGUGACCCGAGGCCCGAGAGAGAGUGUGUGUGUGUGUGUGUGUGUGUGUGUGUGUGUGUGUGUGUGCGCUGCUCUUCUUUGGUUCUGCGAGGAGGUGAGAGAGCAGUGAGGAGGGCUGGUCUUUUCCUCCGCUGCUGUUCUUCUCUCUCGCUCCUGUUCAGCCGUCUCAUGAAAACACACACAAGUCAUGUUUCACGACAAAAUCCGAAGCAGUGUGUCGCAUCAGCAAUAACGUAGCCUGUUCGUCUGGACAUCAAGGGUUUUUGGAAUCGAUAACAACUUUCUCUUUUUCCGAUAUAUUUUCGCUACGCAUACAGAUUUUAUUUUGUAGUUUACAUUAUUCUGUAUUUUUAGUAAAAAAUAAUUGUCACAAAGAUUUUAAACUUAAAUUAUCAUUAAAUUCAUCCAAAUUGUUUUAUUUUAUGCAAAAAUGAUUAUACAUAUAUUUUCAUUCCUCCUUCAGUGGUAGGAAGAAAAAUAUAUACGUUCUCAUCAUCAUAUAAAAGGAUUUUUGUUAUAAUAGCCUGUUUGGAGCAUGGAAUAAAAUCUCACAAUUUAUAUACAAUAAAUUGCUAAAUUUUUAAUGUUGUGGGUGAAACAACAAUCUUCCAAAAGUUGUAUUUUUUUUUUUUUUUUCUUUUAAUUUUUUUUUUACUGCCGUAUUUAUUUUUUUAAUUUUUUUUUUAUUACAGAAAUAAGAAAUAAUUAAUUGGCAUUAUGCAAAAUCUGAAUGCUCCUUCAUGUUUUAAUGCAAGAGUUGAUUUUGUGGUGAAUUGUGAGCUGCACGUGUUCUUCAUGAGAUCCGUCACUGUCAUUGUGUGUGUGUGUGUGUGUGUGUGUGUGUGUGUGUGUGUGUGUGUGUGUGUGUGUGUGUGUGUGUGUGUGUGUCGAAGUGCCUGCUGGAGUUGACAGAGCAGUGCCUGUGUUCCUCUGACAUUUUUUUAUUCUUUUCUUUUCUAAAUGGGUCUUUUUUUUAUGUUUGUAUUUGUUGAUUUGUCAUCUGCGACGAGACGGGGUUUGUGUUCACUAACGCCAGACUGAACUGAGACGAUGAGCUGGGAAACACACACACACACACACACACACACAUCCCAGCUGAGCUCAUGUGCCUGCUCUCUCUCUCUCUCUCACACACACACACACACACACACACACACACACUCUCUCACACACUCCCUCUAGUGGACGGGGAGGGUCAGUCCAUCAGUCUGUUUUAUAUUAAAAUCUAUUUAAGAAGCGAGCUCGACGGACUCAUGCAUGCUCAGAGAGGCCUUGAGUAACGUGUCAGUGCUUUCAGUGUUCGUUGUUUUAAUAUUCUGCCAUGAUUAUGAAUAAAUCAUUCCAUCUGA